CUGUUAGAGAAAUGGCCAUUCAUGUGAAGAUCAGAUGCAGCAUUUAACUCUUGAUGAUUGACCACAUGGCUGUCCAAACUAUUAUUCCAGAGCUAUCUUGGAUCUGUGCAUUGUUAUUUCUUGUUGUAGUAUUCUUGUUGGUUCUUACAUGUGUUUGCUUCAAAGAUCAUGAAAAAGCAGAAUAUGGUACUGUUGGUCGAUUAUCUAUUACAAGAGAUUCUCCUGUUCUGCAACGUCAAUCUAGAAAUGGUGCUAUAUCAACUGGGUCAAGGCAAAGUGAUUUGAAUUCAGAUGAUGGAGGAACUAAAAGGAACUCAUGGACUGUGAAAGAUAGAGCCUUACCCGAGAUUCCUGGUACAACUAUUGUUCCAAUAUCAGUCCAUUCAGCCGCAGAUGAUGGUAGCAUGCCUGUUUCUGCCGAACGCACAAAAGCAAAGAGUCACAAAACUUCUGCACCAAAACCUCCUGGAUCAGAUCCCUCUAAAGUUUUUCCACUCAAUGGAUCUGCUUUGUUGCCAUCAGCAAGUACAGGUUCAGGAGUUACAGUUACAAUUACUGUUAAUGACAAGACUCAAAUCAUUGGAAAUCCUGUCAAAUCAAGGGUCCCUCCUACUGACCCUGUUCCGGGAACAUCCAGUGAUACAGUUAUCCUUAAAAAAAUCGAAAAAGUUGAUGCCCUAGAUAAUCCUCCUAAGUCAGAUGAUAAUAUCCAGGAACUAAAUGUUUAUGACACAGUACCAGAAAUCCCAUUUGACAGGUCAUCUCAGUCCACAUCAAUGUCUUCCAGUCCAGUUUUAAUAAAGAUCGGUAAUCCUACUCCAUCUGAAGAAGGAAGUUCAAGUAACCUCUCUGCUAGUUUGGCUGUUGCUGGGGGUGUUCCAUCAUCAGAUAUUCCUUACAUGACACCUCCUUUACUCCACAAUAUCCCUCCACCAGUUGUAAAUGAAGAAGCUGAUGAAGAAACUCGUGCCAGAGGGGAAAUUCCUUACACUGUCAUAUCUGUGCGUGAACCGUUAGCUCGAGUGCGAGAAAUAACUUUACGCCGACAAAGAGCUACAGCUCAACAGAAUCCUGUAGAUGAUGAUCAUUAUGCUAUGGUUCCCGAAGAGGAACAGAUGUAUGCUGAAAUUGGCUCUGGCCAUGAAUCUGCAUCUUCCUCUAUAACAUAUGCUCAUAUUGAACCCCGGGAACUCCCCCCUGUACCUCCUACAGUUGAGAGUCUUAAAUCUGUUGCUCAUGCUCAUAGCCGGCAGGCUUCCACUGUUUCUACAUCCUCAGUUGGAAGCUGUUUAUCAGGAUUUGGAGGGGAAUCUUCUCCGCCAACUUUACGCAAUCCAUCUGCAUCUUUGUACUCUACUGUUGAGAAGAACAACAAACAAAGAAAGACCAUUCAUUUAGCUGAAGGUGUCAGCGUGGUAGCAAGUGUUGAAAAAAGAAAAAAAGUUGAAGACUUGUAUGCUAAAGUGCGCAAAAAGAAAGUUGACCUAAGCAUUAGAACCUCAGGUUCUGAUGACUAUUCUGCGUACCAAGGAAUAGCAGAUGACGACGAUGUCAGUUGCAUUACACCACCCCCAUCUCCUUGGGCAUCAACAACUCCUCCUGCUCCUCCUCCAAUCACAGGCAGGUUGCAAGCUGCUUCUUUGAGUGUGCUCUUGCCGGGCAACUCGCAGCACGUGAGACGCCAUUCUGCCGAUCCGAAUCUUCCGGAAAUAAUCAACGAAAACCGUGUUUUCACUGGGAGCACUCGCGGCUCUGUGAUUGUCUCUAACAAUGAGUCAGAUGAACCCAAUUAUGAACGAAUAUACAAUGAGAAUGAAGAUAAUUCGGGAGAUUCUUGCUAUGAGAAGAUCAAAGAAGAAACUGAAACACAUAAUAAAUCAAACGUUGGGUAUGAAAGCAUUCACCACAGAAAUGCUGUUCUAACUGAAGGGAACUAUCCAGGUUAUGAAAGUGUGAAAGAUCUUAACGAAGACGAGGACUCUCUGGAGCCGGGUUACGAGCGAGUUGCACGCUCGAAUGGAGAAAAUGACCCUUGCUACGAGCCUGUGAGAGUGCCCGUUAACUUUGAUGACAGUGACUCAAACUCUGACUAUACCAUUGCAAAAUCGGAUAACAGUUGUUCUGGUUAUGAAAGAGUGAAAUAUCUCGGGCGGUCUGAAAGUGACGCUGCUGAUCCAGGUUACGAGAAAAUCAAAAAGAUGCCUAGAGCGGACAGUGAUGCUACCGAUCCAGGUUAUGAACGUGUUAGAAACAAAGAAGAGAAUCCUAGUGAACCUGGUUAUGAAACUGUUCAAAGGUCUGAUAGUGAUACAGACCCAGCCUAUGAAGUCGUCCCUCAAAAUAGAUUUAUAAGUAGUCGGUAUUCAAAUAAUAACUUAACUUCCAGCUCUCCUAAUUCUAAUAGUACUGUUGUUUUUGUGUCUGGAGAUUCUGAAGUAUAUUUAUCAGGUAACUAUAACGCUCGAGAUCAGUCCUCAAGGCCGGAUGAUGCCAAUGCCACUUUCCUAUAGUUAACAAGUAUUACUGUACUAAGCUAAUAUAUUUUAUUUCACAUCUUAACCAUUUCUUGCAAUUGUUGUUUCUUUCUGUCGUUAGGAUUUACGUUAUUUUUUGAUCAAAGCUUACAUUGAAACUUUUUAUAGUUUUAUUUUUUUGUGUGUAAUUUAUAUUUUGCAUCAGGUGCCAUUAUUUCUUAUAUUAGAUCCAAAUCCCUUUUUUUUUUCUUUUUUUUUGAGAACUUAGAUUCAUUACUUUAAACUGAAAAAAAAAUUUUUUUUUUAAAUGAAAAACUAGAUUUUUUUUUCUCCCUUUUUUUUGGAUUGUUAAAAAGAUUUUUUUUUUCCUUAGAGGUUUAAAUGAUCAAUAAUUACAGGAAAUUAUUUUUAAUGUUACUUGCUUUUAAAAAGUUUCUGAAAUUAUUAAUAAUAGAUAAUAAAAUUGUGAAUUAAAUUAUAAGUAACUUAACUAGUUGCUAUUUCAAAAUGUAUUUCGAAUUGAUAAGUAGAAACACAUUGUGCCAUUUUUAACUUGAUAUUUUCAAGUUUAUUCCAAUCCAUUCCAUUUUAAAACUAGUGGAGUUAAUAUUUAUGAUAAACACUUUACAAAUACCUUAGUUUAAUUUUUCAUUUAUUUUUUAAUUAGAAAAUAGAAUAAUUCCAUUUUAGGUAUCGCAUACUUUUGUGGACAAACUGACCGUAAUGAGCCCCUAAACUUUUAUUCUAUCUUAACUGAUUCUUAAUCAAUUUAUAUCUUAUUUUUAUUAAAAAAAACUUGAUCCUACAAAAAAAUCAUUUUCAUCACUUAAGAAAUAUAGUCUCUCAUUUAGAGUGAGAAAAAUUAUGCUAAACGCAGGCAAAUGUACAAUUUAGUUUAGUAUAUAUUUUUUUCUGUUUUGGAAUUUUAGAAAUAAUAUGUUUUUCUUUAAAUAAUUUUUUUAGUUUUAUCAUUCAAUUAAUUGUGUCAAUAAUUUUAGUCUUUUAAUUUUUGAUAAA